UAUUAAUAUUAUUGAAUUUAAUAAGAUGUUUAAAUUAAAAUUAUUAUUAUUUUUAAUAGUUUUAACAGUUGUUGAAUCGAAGAUUUCAAUUGACGUUAAUAUCGGAAACACACCUAACAAUAUAACGAUAAACUAUUCAGGAUUUGAAGUAAACGUGAUAGGAAAGAAAGAGAUAGAAUUAUUCAAAAUAAGUAAUGCAAAUAUAAAACAAGCGGUAAAAGAACAUUACGGUAGAAAACCUAAUAAUGUGUAUUUAAAAAGUCCUACACCUUGGGGUGAUUUAUAUAAAAAAUACAAAUGGGAAGAAGUAUCAAGAGUUCUAACUGUUAAAUCGGCAAUAAUAAAAUCAAUAAAUAAAAAACAAAUAAUAAUUUUAUCACACGAUUUCGAAAACGUAUCGAAUAAUACAAUCAAAGUGAAUACAGGUAUAAGUCAAACAGUUGAAAAUACGAUCACAACAAGUUGGGCAAAGAGUAAAGAAACAACAAUCUCACAGGACAUAGAGUAUGAGGUGAACGUCAUGUUUGGUAAAGCUGCAGGUAAAACUGGCAUCUCUUUCACAUCUACGUGGGGUGAGAGUGAGGAAAGAUCUGAAAGUGUGACAAUCAGUGCAUCCAGUUCUGUAGAAACAGAGUUAAAACCAGGACAAGCAGCAACAGCUGUGUUAUCCGCAAGCAAAGGAUCUUUAGAAGUCGAAGUAUUAUACUUAGCGACUCUUAGAGGAAAUGUAGUUGUUAAUUACAAAUCAGCGUAUAAAGGACAUCAUUUUUUCGGACCGUCUGUUGAUGGCGUAAUGAAGAGUGGUGGUAUAGACAAUGAAGUGAUUAUUAAAGAAAUUAUUAACAUAGGUUUUUAUACUGAAGCUAAUUUGAAAGUUUACGAUAAAGUUUCUGGUGAGACUUUGUAAGUUUAUAAUGACGUCAUAUGUGAGUUUUGUUUUUAAUGUGAGUUUUCGAAACAACUAUACACAAUAUUGUUAUCUCGCUCGUACCUUUUAUAAAAAGACAAGGAUAACAAUACCAAACUUUUGUACAGUCAGUAGCUUAAGCUUAAAUAAUAGAAAUAAAAAU